GAGUAUGUCUUGAUGAAAUACAAAAUAAAAGGGUUUUAUUUAUUUAUCCCUUCUUCCCUCCUUUUUUUUUUCCCAAUAGAAUUGAUUAUAGCAUAAAUAGACCUCCUUCAGUUGCAAAUCAUCUCUUUCUCUCUUUGUCAUCAUGAAAGUGGAUAAUUCCAUUUUAAUAAAUAAUAAUAGCAACACCUUUAAAUAUAAAUUAUUACGUUAUUUCAAGAAACAAUCCUUUAAUAAACGUCGUUUAAGGAUUGAUGAAGGAUUUCAGCAACCAACAAAAAGUAGUAGUCGUAUUCACUCUUCUUUAAUGUCAUCAAAUCAACAUAAAAUAGAUUUCUUGUCUUAUUUACCUAUUGAAUUAUCUUUCAUUAUUUUAUCUUUUUGUGAUAAAAAAACGAUAUUUGAAUCAAGUCAUGUGUCUAAAUAUUGGAACUCGUUGUGUAAAGAUAAUCAUCUUUGGCGUGAAUUGUAUUUAGGACAUCAUGGCACCAUUUAUCCCGCUACAACCUCUAGCUCUAGUAUUAAUUACCGUCUACUUUAUGAAAGAAAACUCCAAUUAUUAAAUCGAUGGAAAGGAGGAUAUCGGACUAGAAUGCAAACUAUCGUUGGCCAUCAAGAUAGUAUCUAUUGCGUUCAAUUUGAUGGCUCCAAGAUAGUAACGGGGAGUAGAGAUCGAACUAUUAAAUUCUGGAAGAUGGAAAGUGACAUCGUUCGUUGUUAUAAAACUUUAAAGGGUCAUGUAGCAAGUGUUCUUUGUUUACAAUAUGAUCAUCAUCUCCUUGUCUCUGGCUCCUCUGAUAAUACAAUCUUAGUUUGGUGUAUGAAGACCUUUGAAAUAAAACGAUGUCUUAGAGGUCAUAGUUCAGGUGUACUCGAUGUUUGUUUUGAUAACAAUGUGAUUGCAAGCUGUUCGAAGGAUACAACCAUUCAAAUAUGGGACAGAAUAACAGGUCAACGAAUACAGACAUUAAUAGGUCAUCAUGGGCCUGUCAAUGCCAUUCAGUUUAAAGACAACACACUUGUCUCUGCUUCAGGAGAUGCUAUUAUUAAAUUAUGGAACCUAAAGACUGGUGAAUGUUUACGUAAUUUUAUAGGUCAUAGUCAUGGUUUAGCUUGUGUAGGUUUUGAUGGAAAAAGAAUUGUGAGUGGUGGUAAUGAUAAUAAGAUCAAAGUAUGGAAUGCAGACACUGGAGAAUGCAUUCUUACUUGUGAGGGUCAUACUGGACUCGUUAGAUCACUUUAUUUUGAUAAAGAUAAAAUUGUGAGCGGAAGUUAUGAUCAAAGUAUAAAGAUUUGGGAUAUGUACACAGGUGAAUGUAUCCAGACUUUUAAUAAAUGUCAUAAAAGUUGGGUAUUUGAUGUCACAUUUAAUGAAACAAAAAUUAUUAGUACAAGUCAAGAUCAAAAAAUUCUUAUAAUAGAUUUUGCACAUAAUAUGGAUACCAAACAUUUAAUAAAAGUUUAA